AGAGGGGAGUUGAGUGCAGUUACAGGAAAACCAUAGGCGAUCCGUAACUUACGUUGUUGUUGAAGGGAGCACGUUCCCUCUCUCCUCUCUCUCUCUCUCUCUCUCUCUGUAUCUUUUUCUUUCUCACACUAUAACAUAACUACGUCCUCCAAAUUCUUUUCUUCUUCAAUUCAAGUCACACCCUUUUUCAGGUUGUAGCUUUUGACUCAUCGAAUGAAGAAUUCUUGAUCAAAUAACUGCUUUAGUUGUCAUAGUUGAAUUCAAAUGAAGACGGGCUCCAUGAUUUUUUCAUUAUUAAAUCUACCUAGAUGUAGAUUACAAAGAUUAGCUAAUUACUGGGGAGAAACCUUCCACAGUUUCAGUACGACUUGUGGAAACAAAUCUAGCAUCAGGCCGGUUGUUUAUAGAAUUCAUGGUCUUCAGGGAGGUCAGAGAAAGAAGUGGACAAGACCAAUAUCCACAAAUUCAGAAGGCAAGGGGAGCACCAAAUCAAAAAGUAUCAAGCAUGAAAUUUUGAGUGAAACCACUAUAGCAGGUGCUACAAUAGAUGUAAAUAAAACACAGCUUGAUCAGUUCCAGGAAAUUCAGUACCGUGACAUAAAACAAGAGAUUGCCCAGAAUAAAGACUUGUCUAGUUUAGUUACUGUUAUUGUUUUUGAUAUCGAAACCACAGGGCUCAGCAGAGAGAAUGAAAGGAUUAUUGAAAUUGCACUUCGAGAUCUUCAGGGUGGUGAGAACAGCACUUUUCAGACUCUAGUCAACCCUCAACGCGAAGUUCCUAAUUCACAUAUUCAUGGCAUUACUACUCAUAUGGUCAACAAACCUGAAGUUCCAAGGAUGGAAGAGCUCAUUCCUAUCUUGUUGAAAUAUGUUCGAAGUCGUGAGAAACCUGGGGGAUAUGUGUUAUUUGUUGCUCAUAAUGCUCGUUGUUUUGAUGUCCCUUUCAUCAUCAACGAAUUCCGACGUUGUUCUGCAAACAUUCCUUGCAAUUGGUUGUUCUCAGACACCCUGCCUUUAGGACGUGAACUAAUAAAAUCUGAAGGAACUAAACUUUCUUCAUCUUCCCUUCCUGCCCUUCGUGACUACUACGGAAUUAAAGGGGAUGGACCAGCUCACAGGGCUAUGGAAGAUGUGAACGCAUUGUGCUCGAUUCUUUCCAAAUUGACCCGUGAUCUGAAAUUGACCCUAUCUUCUCUUGUCGAAGAAGCAUUCAAAGAAUCAGAUAUCAUCAACUCCAAGAAGAAGAAAAAAUCAGACUAGUUUUCUGUCUGUAUUUUGCAUUGGUGUUGUGACAAUAAUUAUUUAUGACAAAAAAUUGGACUCUAGAUUUGUACUAAAAGGAAAAAGGAAAUUUGUAAUUGUUGACUAUCAAUGGAAUCUCACCAAUUGGUACCGAGUUUUGAA